AUGGCUCCUAGAAAAGGCAGUCUCGAAGCCGCCUUCGCACGAAAGGAGAAAGGCGAUACACUGACAACACCGCCCAGCAAGCAAAGUCAAGUGGCCACGAAUGGCGCAGAUGGCACUCCAGAAGCUCCCGCCAAGCGGAGGCGGCUGGAAAAGGGCGUGGCCCAAACGACUCCGACCAAGCCUGAGAAAGUGCUGGAGAAGGUACCAGAGGUGACACUUCACUCGGGAGAAACCGGUCCAUGGUCGCUCUGGCAUGGCGGAUCCGCUGGCAAGGACGCGAAGGAGUUACAAUGUCCGGCUUUCGAUCCCAAGCUUCGAGAAGCAGAGUUCCCUGUUGGGAAGCCGGUCAGCUUCUCCUUGCUUUCGGGAGCCUUGCUGGAGAUAGAGGAGCUGAAAGGAAGCGGCAAGGGUUCGCGCAAGACGAUGACUGUCAUCCUGAGCAACUUGUUUCGGCUGCUGAUGCAUGUGCAGCCACAGGACAUCAUUGCGGCAGUUUACAUUCUCAUCAACAAGGUCGCUCCAGAUUACGAAGCAGCUGAACUAGGCGUUGGUGAUUCCAUCAUCAUCAAAGCCCUUUGUGAAAAUUUUGGUAGGUCAGAGGCCACCAUCAAGCAUUCUCUGGCAUCCGGGGAGGCCAAGGACCUCGGUGAGGUAGCGUUGCAGAGCCGCAUGUCGCAGAAGAUGCUCAUGAUGCCACCAAAGCUCACGAUUGCGAAGGUCUUCAGCGAAAUGAAAGCAAUUGCUCACUCAGCAGGCAAAGAGUCGCAGAAGGCAAAGAAGGAGAAAAUUCAGAAGCUUCUGGUGGCCUCCAGAGGGGAAGAGGCAAAGUUCAUCGUCCGGAUGUUGCAAGCGAAGCUGCGAAUUGGAAUUCAAAUCCCGACCCUCCUGCAGGCUUUGGCCUAUGCUUUCACGCUCACGAAGCCUGGCCAGCCCAGUGGACCCGCCGCGGUCACAGACAGGAGAAAGGGCCAGGCAAAGUUGUCUGCAGCAGAACUGGAGCCGCAGAUGAUUGUCAUGGAGGCAGCAGUGCGACAGGCCUUCAGUGAGCUGCCGAACUUCGACAAGCUGAUUGGAGCUUUGAUGGAGGGCCGCGAUGGAAGCUCCUUGCUGGAAGUGUGCCGCAUCUCUGUUGGUGUUCCUGUCAAGCCGAUGCUGGCAAAGCCUUCCAAAGGCAUAGCCGAGGUCGGUGAAAGACUGGCGGGCAAACGGUUUACUGGUGAGUGGAAGUACGAUGGCGAGCGAGCACAAAUCCACGUCCUCUCCAGGGAUGUUAUCCAGAUCUACAGCCGGAACUCUGAGAACAUGACAGAAAAGUAUCCGGAUGUCAUCGAGGUGGUCAAGCAGUCGCUCGCAGAGGAUGUUCACAGCUGUAUCAUCGACAGCGAGCUGGUUGCUUUCGACCAGGUGAACAAAAAGAUCUUGCCUUUCCAGGUUCUGACAACAAGAGGUCGCAAAAACAUCACGGUGGAGGACAUCAAGGUGAAUGUGUGUCUCUUUGCCUUCGACUGCAUGCUGAUCAACGGGCAACCUCUUGUCAAGGAGCCCUUGGAAGUACGAAGAGACAAGCUGUGGAAGAUCCUGUGGCCUUCGGAGGGCAAGGUUACCUUUGCAGUUUAUCGAAAUUUCAGCGAUAUCAACGAGGAGGAAAUUCAGGCCUUUUUGGACGAAUCCAUUGCGGGCUCGUGCGAGGGUUUGAUGCUCAAGACCCUCACCGAGAAUGCAACGUACGAGCCGUCCAAGAGGUCACUCAACUGGCUGAAGCUCAAGAAGGACUACCUUGAAGGUAUGGCUGACAGCAUCGAUGUGGUGCCGAUCGGGGCCUACUACGGCAAGGGAAAGCGCUCCGGCGCUUAUGGGGCAUACCUACUUGCAAUUUAUGACCAGGAGAAUGAAGAAUUCCAGACUGUGUGCAAAGCGGGCACUGGCUUCUCCGACGAGGACCUGGUAACCCACUACGGCUUCUUCAAAACCCACCAACGCCCGUGCGCAGAGACCAAUUACAAUGUGAAUGACAAGCUGAAGCCAGAUGUGUGGUUGGAGCCCUGCCAGGUCUGGGAGAUCAGAGCAGCCGAUUUGAGCAUCUCUCCCGUGCACACGAGCGCCUUCGGCGUGAAGGCAGACGGAAAGGGAAUCGGCCUCCGAUUUCCACGCUUCCUUCGAAUCCGGGAUGACAAGACUCCCGAGGAGUCCACGGGAGCCGAGCAGAUUGUUGAGAUGUUCGAGGCGCAGGCCUCCGUUUCCGGUACAGCAGCCGCAGAUGACGACUUUUAA